GUCCUCAGCGGGGGGAUGACAGGCACGAGGAGCAGGUGGAAAUGUUCUAUGGACUCGCCUAACUACAAAUCUAAAGAAAACUCCAAAACCUUUUGGCUGAAAACUCAGUUACCUACAGACUUCUGCAGGUACUGGUCCCGGAGCAGAGCGAGUCCUGGUCCACGACCUGAACCGGGAGCGAUGAUGUGGCUGAUCGUGUUGGCCAGUUUACUUCAGUGCGCCUCGGCCUACGAUGUGGAUCUGAAGAAGCUGGAGGGGCUGGCGAAAGCGAGGGUGGAGUCAUGUGGUGGAUGACAGCUGAACAGGCUCAGAGAGGUCAAAGCCUUUGUGGUCCAGGACAUUCCUCUUUACCAUAACCUGGUGAUGAAGCAUAUUCCUGGAGCCGACCCUGAGCUCGUCCUCCUGAACCACUAUUUUGAGGAGCUGGAUCGGGUCCCUCUGUCCGACAUGUCCCGCUCCGAGAUCAACGAGCUGCUGGAGAAGCUUGGCUUCUACAAGAAGGCCCAACCUGAGGACGAGGUGCCGGAGGAGUUUCGCUUCUCUCCUGCCAAAGACAGCCCGUUUAAAGACGAGCCGGCCUACAAAUCCUCCACUGCCUCUCUCGCCACAGAGAACGCCUCCUCCGAGCCCAAGGCAGAAGCCGAGCACACUGACCUAUAACCCGUCAGAGUGGAGAACAGUAGGAAUCUCACAGUACCACUAAACCCUGUAGCUGCUCCACGACCAGCUGGCUAUUGAUGACAGCAAUUCUUGUAAUUUCAGAGGUAGACCAGCAGAUCAUGGAUCAGCUCAGGCAAGGACACAAUCUUAGCAUCAGCAAAAGGCCUUUAAAAGGUCCACAGUCUGAAUUUGCACAUUUUUCUUGCUGUUUGUUCUUGUUUUCGCAGUGAUAACCCAACAGGCUGCUUUGUGAGCGCUUUUCUACUCUCUACACAAAGACUGGAAGUGUGUAUGUUUUUUUUUUUUUUUGGUCCAUCAUGUGUCCGUUGUCUUCAGGAUCUCUGCCUCUCUUGAGUUCUCUUGUGUGUCUGAUUGCUUCCCACCUACUGCGAAACUGAAUGAAGCCUCAGGCUGAAAACUGUCUGACUGGCCUGAGGCUGAUGCUACAUGUUCUGGUGGGUGGGACUAAUGCACACAAGGGAAUCCAAGUGGAAGCAUUGUAAAGGAAGAAAAUAAUAAAAUAUUAGAAAAAAUAA